CAAUGUGUCUUUGGCUGGACAGCAAGAACAAUGGCCAUCAACAUUAGGUGAUGGUAAGCAUACUAUCCAUUGAAAACUAGUGAUGCAACAAUAUAUCGGCCAAACAUCGGUAUAAGAUAAAAGCAACUGAUUCUUUAAAAACAGCUGAUGAUCAGGGCUGAUUAUUUCCUGUCAAAAGGGACCAAAAAAAAAGCGUGUCAGACAAGUAGCCUUUAACUCGUGCUGUAUGUGCAAGAAAAUGUCUCUAGUGUGGAAUUACUUUGAAUUGGGUGACAAUGAUAGCAGCUGCAAUUUGCAAGCUUUGCAUGGCUAGAAUUUCCUACAUGGCAACAUUGCGUUUGAAAAAGAACUAGAGGGAUGAACGUGUUCAUUCCCAAUUUAGUCAAUUAUGUAAAUUUUUAUUGGAGAAAAUCAGUUAGCGAGAGCUACAUCAUCCAAAUAAUUGUUGGAUCUCUUCUGUAAAAGUGACAUUGGUAUGAACUGCUAGUUUCCGCUUGGUCACAUUAAGUUUCAAAAACAAACCACCAGAACUCUUUAUUUGGCAAAUCAUUGAAUGUUUCUUCCUUAUCCCUUUGCUACUGGCUUUCCACCUUUUUUCCAGGAUAAUUUCACCAUGUAGAAGUUUGUGUGAGUCUAUAAGGGACAGCUGUGCCCCCAUCAUGAGCUGCUAUGGUUACCCCUGGCCCAGAAUCCUCCAAUGCGACCAGUUUCCUAAAGAUCACCUGAUGUGCAUUUCCUCAGUUGCGCAUAUGCAAAAUGGCACCAGCAGUGAAGGCAGGGUGGUUCCGCGUGCUAGCUGCACAGAUUGCGAGCUAGAGGAAGCUCUGUCAUCCAAAGAACUGCUGGAUCUCUUCUGUAAAAGUGACUUUGUGGUUAAAGUGCGCUUAUCCAAACUGAACUCCAGCAGCUCUGUUCUAAACAUGUUCUCCCUGGGUUCUCGGUUUGAAGUUUUAAAGCAUGGUCCACUGCUGGGAGGGGAAAUGAGGAGUCGCCUGACACUCUGGCUGGAGCGAGAUGCCACCUGUGUGGGCAACCUGACCCGCCACCAUCCCCAUGGGGGCACCUUCCUGUUGACAGGCACUGUUGCAGGCAAGAGGCUACUAGUCACCAAAGCUUUUAGCUGUGGAAAACGCCAGCGCCACCUCAACCAGGCUACCCGCAAGUGGAAAAGCCACCGGUGUAGAGGGUAGAGUUUCACAUGGGGAAAAAAAGUGUGAAUUUUUGGUUUAAAAAUGUAUGUGACUAUGUAAAUAAUAGAAAAUCCGUGUUCUAUAUUUUUAAAGCUUAAGAUAUUAAACCUUUUUAUAGAUAUUAAGAUAUUUUAUUUUGUCUAUGUGUCUAUUCCUUGGAUAUUUCAAUAUUCCUUAGGCAUGCAUUGUUUAACCAAAAACAAUAAAGUCUCAACCAAGAGUAUACUUUCCCAAAUAAGUUUUAAAACAACCCAGUGUUAAUUCAUUAUAACAAACCUCUACAGCUGCAAUU